AUGGUCUCGAAACUCCUUCUCCUUACCGCUGCGCUGUCGCAGCUCGUCCAGGGCGGUCUCAUCCGCCGAGAGUCCAUCGACCAUGACAAAGUAGUCGGAUUCCCCGAGACAGUACCCUCCGGGGUCACUGGUGAGGUGUACAAGGCGUAUCAGCCGUUGCUGAAAGUCGUCAACGGAUGCGUCCCCUUCCCUGCCGUGGAUGCCCAGGGAAACACCAAGCUCCAGCAGUGGCGACUGCUCCAAGAGCGACGGCCAAGUCUACGUCCGGGGCGGCAGUCCGGGGACAAGUACGCGCUCAUGUACUCGUGGUAUUUCCCCAAGGACCAGGCCGCGCCGGGCAUGGGACACCGCCACGAUUGGGAGGGCGUGAUCGUCUGGAUCUCUGACCCGGCCACGACAUCCGCGGACAAUAUUCUUGCCGUGUGUCCCUCCGGCCAUGGCAAAUGGGAUUGCUCGACGGAUGGCUACUCGCUCCAGGAGACACACCCCUUGAUCAGGUAUUACAGUGUCUGGCCUGUGAACCACCAGUGCGGGCUCACGGAUGAGGCGGGUGGAUCGCAGCCUUUGGUUGCCUAUGAGAGCUUGCCUGAGCCUGCGAAGAAUGCACUGGAGUCUACGGACUUCGUCAAGGCAAAUGUGCCGUUUAAGGAGGAGAACUGGGCGGAGAAUCUGGGAAAGGCUACUUUCUAA